CUGUCAUCGGGCAGUGAAUAAAGGUGUUUCCAGGUAAAUUCCGCGAAAGCAUCCCUAAACCAAUGGCAGUUUGCGGCGUGAUAUAAAAUUGGUGUGUGAUUCAAAGAACUAAUAAAGGAGGUGUGCAAAAUAGUUGUAAAUAGUUAGUGCCACUUUGCUUACGUAUGCAUUUUUUUCUAACUGCAAGUCGCGAAGAGUGACUAUAAAAUAGCAAACGUACUUUCACUUCAGCGCUCAUUCCAUACUCAUAAGUCUUGCCGAGAGUCUUGCCCAGCCAGUGUGUAGUUGAGAGCUGAGAGAUCUUUUUGAAGGUCAAUCACUCGAUAUAAAAAUAUUUUUAUUCGCCCAUUAAUCAAUAAGUAAACUUUGUAAUCCACAUUGACGUGAUUUUCCUAUAGACGUCGACUUUCGAGUGCAAUUUGAGCGGAUGAUAAUGUCUACUGUGGAUUACUUCAAGUGAUUUAGAGUACCUGUAAAUCAAAUAUCGGGCCAAUAAACUUCCACAACAAUAAUCUUUCACUGACGACCCACUUAAUGAAUUGUACCAACAGUGAUAAAUGUAAAUAGUGUGAAUUCUGAAUAGAAAUUCGAUCACGCUCUUCAAUUUCACAUAAACCAUCAUGAAGGAACACAGUGAUCAAGAGGUGGAACAUCAGCAGAAGAGCAAUGCUGCGAGAAGCUCAGAUGGAAUAUUCAAAUUCGCUCUGGGCGUUCGACACUACCAAUCAGGCUUACUUUUCCUCCUUCUUCUCGUCGGCUACGCUCUCCGUGUCAACAUGUCGGUGGGCAUCGUGGCAAUGGUGGACAAUACCAGCGCAAAUCCCGAUUUUGAGGAAUACGAUUGGAACGAGCAAACACAAUCGCUGAUACUAUCGAGUUUCUUCUGGGGCUACGUUUUGAUUCAACUUCCGGCUGGAACUUGGGCGCGAAAAUUCGGUGCCAAAAUUCUGCUCACAGUCAGCAUGGGAAUCUGUGCCAUUCUAACCCUUCUGACGCCAGUGAUGGCCAGCGUUGGCGGUUGGAGUGCUGUCGUCGGUUUGCGAAUAUUGCUUGGCGUGAGCCAAGGCUUCAUCUUCCCCUGCGUGCACACACUUCUGGCGCAAUGGGUGCCGCCAUCGGAGAGAUCGAGAUUAGGCACCUUUGUCUACGCAGGCUCGCCGCUGGGCAACGUUAUCAUGCUGGCGGUGUCAGGAUUGCUGGCCUCAUCUUCGCUCGGCUGGCCGAGCAUCUUCUACGUCUCGGGCGUGAUUGGAGUGAUCUGGACGGCGCUCUUCUUCACAUUCGGCAGCAAUUCACCGGAAGUGGACAAACGCAUCUCAGCUACUGAGAAGGCAUUCAUUCAGGAGUCUCUCGGUCAAGAGACGAACACUGAAGAGAUAAAGAAAUUCCAAACGCCCUGGAAGAGAAUCUUUGCGUCACUGCCGUUUAUCUCUCUUAUCGUGGCGCACAGUGCUCAGAAUUGGGGCUUCUGGACGCUCCUCACUGAGAUUCCCACCUACAUGAAGAACGUCCUCGAGAUGGACAUCAAGAAGAACGCUCUCUUGUCUGCCCUGCCUUACCUUGUCAUGUGGCUGGGUAGCUUCGUCAUGAGCCCCAUUUCCGACUACGUCAUCAACAGAGGCUACUUAUCCGUGGGCAACACGCGGAAGCUCUUCAAUUCCAUCGGUCUCUACAUUCCCAUGUUUGCCCUUGUGGGAUUGGGCUACGUCACGAAGGACCACACAGAAAUCGCGGUAUUUCUGCUGACGUUCGCCGUGGGAAUCAACAGUGGAACUUACGUGGGAUUUAUGCUCAAUCACAUGGACUUGUCUCCGGUUUACGCGGGAACGCUCAUGGGCAUCACCAAUUUCUCUGCCAACAUCAUGUCCAUUCUCGGGCCUCUCUUCGUUGGACUCAUUGUGUCCGAUGCUACAAAUCCCGUGGAGUGGAGAGUUGUGUUCUUCGUUGCUGCUGGCAUUUAUUUCGUUGGUAACACCUUCUUCGUCAUCUUCGGCAGCGGCAGCAUUCAGCCAUGGAACAAUCCUUCGAGGACGAACGGCGAUGAAUUAGAAGAAUCCCGUGAUGUGGACAAGUCGACAGAAACUGUGACAAACAUUAAGUAAAUAACGUAUAUAACUUUUUGUAUGUAAAGAAUUUCAUGUAAAAAUAAGGUGUAUUAAAUAGUUUCUAAAAA